AGAGCACAAGCACAUUCCUUCUUCUAUAAGUACUACAGGCGGAUGCCCAGUUGCCCACUCAAAGGAGAGCAAGCAAAUUAGCAAAGGAACGAAGAGACAUGGCUGAGGCGGAGGCUCAUGGCAUCGUCAUCGUCGGCGGCGGCAUCUGCGGCCUCGCCACCGCUCUCGCUCUCCACCGGAAAGGGAUCGCUAGCCUUGUGCUGGAGAAGUCCGAGGUCCUGCGAGCAGAGGGCGCCGGCAUCGGCGUCCAGGCCAACGGCUGGCGAGCUCUCGAGCAGCUCGGCGUUGCCGGGGAGCUCCGGAAGACCGCCGGCCUCAUCACCUCGUAUCAUGACGUGUGGAUGCAGGGCGACAAGACCACCCGGGACCGGUAUCCAGUCAGGACGGAGCUCCGGUGCUUAAACAGAAAGGACCUGAUCGAGGCGCUGGCCAAGGACCUCCCUGCCGGGGCUAUCCGAUUCGGCUGCCGCAUCGCCGCCGUCCACGAGGAUCCCGGCGGCCAUGGCGCCGUCCUUACAAUGGCCGACGGCACCACCAUCAAUGCCAAGGUCCUGAUCGGGUGCGACGGCGGCACGAACUCGGUGGUGGCCAGCUACCUCGGCCUGCCGCCGGUGAGGACGAUCCCUCGCCCGGUGCUGCGCGGCUUCACGAGCUACCCGCACGGCCACCCCUUCGAGAACGAGUUCCUCCGCCUGAGGGUCGGGGAUUUCUUCGUCGGCCGGCUGACGAUCACCGACAACCUGGUCCAUUUCUUCGUCACCAUGCCCGCACCUUCCGCAGGGCUCGCCGGCGCGGACUUGAGGGACGUGAGGGAUCGCGUGCAAAAGGAGCUGGAGGAUCGCCGGUGCCCGGCGGAGAUCACGGAGGUGGUCCGGGGGUCGGACCCGGAGUCCCUCAACCUGGUGACCAAGUUCUGGUACCGGCCGCCGUGGGAGGUGGCGCUCGGCGGCUUCCGGAAGGGCGCCGUGACGGUCGCCGGCGACGCGAUGCACGCCAUGGGCCCGUUCAUCGGCCAGGGCGGCUCGGCGGGGCUGGAGGACGCCGUCGUGCUCGCCCGGUCGCUGGCGCGGGCCCGGGCCGGCGCCGCCGGCGGCGGCGCGGGGGAGGUGGACGACGGGGAGGCAGCCGUCGUCGCCGGCGGGGCGAUCGCGGCGUACAUCAGGGAGAGGAGGCUGCGGCUGGCGCUGCUGUCCCUCGAGUCGUACGUCAUGGGGGUCUUGCUGGUGCGCUCGCCGUCGCCGGCCGUGAAGCUCGCCUGCGUGGCCGUGCUGCUCCUCUUGGGCAGCAAGUCGCUCAGGCAUGCCAACUUUGACUGCGGUCGCCUCUAGGCUAGCUAGGCUCUAGCAUUUCCUUGUGGAUCGUGGGGCCUAGUCGGAUGAGGUGUCAUGUGAAUAAUACUAGGAUUUAUGUUUGCUUCCGAAUCAUGCUAGAAGUGGAUUCCAAUAAAGAUCAGAUUCAGAUCUUGAGUUUAAUUUCCUCACUCUAGAUGGUUUAAUCGCACGCAACUCUAUAAAUACACGCACGCAAUCUAUGACUUACCUUGGUUUUGUUUUUUCCUCCUUA